UAAGCAUUACAUGUAAGUUCAAUUCUAACAACGUCUCGUUAUGUCCAAAAAACAAGAUCGCUCUUCUGUUGGUGAUCUCCCCAGCUGUUCACCUAAGUUUGUUUGUCCAGUAUCGUUCGUAUGUUUAUUAAUCUGCACCGCUGCCUUGGUUCGUGUUGAGAUCAUAAACUAGCGAGUUCAUCUCGUUGAAGAUGUCAUAGCGGAAGUGAGGCAAAUACAUGAAUCCAUUAUUAAGGAUUCUAGUGAAGGAGCAAGCUUCCAAGACUCUGGAAGGACUGGUUCUGUCGGGAACUUUGAUAGCAAUAUUUCUAAGGAGAGCAAAGAUAUGAUCGAAGUUCACACUAGAAGAACCCGUCGCCACUCUUCAUCUCAAAAACGACCUAUCCCUGACGGAGUUACUAUAGAGGUGGUUAGAAGUGAGAUAAACAAGACCAUAAGCUCAUGGUCACCACAAUCAUUUUGUUCGCCCAAAGAACAAAUAUGUGCACAGGGACCACCGGGAUUGCAAGGACCUAAAGGAUCACGUGGAAGGAAGGGUCCGCGUGGAUCUACGGGAAGGAAAGGGUUACGUGGUUUUAGAGGAGAACCAGGGCCUUCAGGAAAGCAGGGAAAUAUCGGACCGCCGGGUCAAAAGGGUGCGCAGGGUGCCAAAGGUAUCCCUGGUCUCAGGGGUCCACCCGGUACUAAAGGAGAACCUGGGGAAUCCAUUUCUCUCCCCUCAGUUGUCGUUUCUCCAGUUAAGCAAACAGUCAGAGAAAAUCAAAGAGCAGCGUUCCAAUGUUCUGUCAGUGGAAAUCCUCAACCGACUAUGAUGUGGGUACGAGGAAAUGGUACUCAUCUGCAAAGUGAUUCUCACCUUGGCGCUCGGGGUGGGAGAUUAGAAGUCCAUAGCGUGACUCUUAGCGACGCGGGAAAAUACACUUGCGUUGGAAGGAAUAUCUUGGGUUCCGAGAGCAAGUCUGCGAAGCUAAUUGUUGAAGCCAAACCACAAGUUCAACUUGCGUCAGGACCCAUUCAUGCAAGGGAGGGACAAAACAUUACUUUACCCAAAUGUCACGUGACCGGCUUUCCGAAGCCAGUCGUGUCGUGGAAAAGAUUGACUGGUGCCUUAGCUAAAAAGAGAGCAGUUUAUAAUCAGCAAGAUUUGACAGUGAUUUAUGUGGGAAAAAACGACACUGGACCGUAUGAAUGUAGAGCCAGGAACCAUCUCGGAGAAGCCUCCGCAGUUACGACCUUGUUUGUUUGGUCGGCACCAAAAUUUGUCACAAAGCCACCAGACAUGGCCACUAAUGAGGUUGGUGGGUCAGUGUCUCUUAACUGUUCCGCCAUAGGCGAGACUGUUCCUCUGAUUUCUUGGAAACGAGCAGCGGGGGCAUGGGACGAAAAGAGAAUGAAGGUAGACAAAGGAACCCUAACUAUUUCGGUUCUGAGAGAAUCAGACUCAGGAAUUUAUGUGUGCGAAGCCAAAGGUCCCCAAUUUACAAUUGAGGCAAGAACAUUUCUGAAGGUGAAAGCUCCCCUCUCGUUUACGCCUGAUGACCGUAAAGGACGACUUGGUAUCAUUCAAAAAUUCACCGUCCCAAGAUCAGCCAAGUAUCUCAUUAAAGCUUUGGGCGCUCGGGGAGGGACGAUUCCUACGACUAUGGAUACAGACCAGGAACCUAUUAUGGCGGCCAUGGGGCAGCGAUAGAAGCGACGUUUAGACUGACCAAAGGCACUAUUCUAAGUAUUGUUGUAGGGCAGAGAGGAGGAGAUUCAGUGGAGGUAAAAGGUGGUCAAAGCACUACUAUGACAGCAGCUCAGCUUGGGCUGUCUGUUGAAGACAAUGCUGGCACUGGGGGAGGGGGAGGGAGCUUUGUUUAUACCGCAACCAAUGUGCUGAUGUUAGCUGCCGGAGGAGGUGGAGGCGCAUCUGGUGGAUAUAAUGGUGUGGACGGUCAGGCAGGAACAAGUGGAACCAGUAGUGUGGGGAACGAUCCGUCACAUGUGAAGAAGGGUGGUACCACGGGGCAACCAGGAGAAUGUAACAAUGAUGACGCUAACUACCAUGGGGGAGUGGGUGCGGGUUGGAAUGGCCAAAGCUGUUCAAGAAAAGGAUCUGAGCACGGAGAGGGAGGUGGGUCACGUGCUCAGGGCUGGAUCGGAGGUCAAGCAGGAGGUAUGAACAGUGGAAAUAACGGCGGACCAGCACCAGGAGCAGUGGGAGGGUUUGGUGGAGGAGGAGGAGGAGCAGAGGAUAACGGUGCAUCGGGUGGAGGGGGAGGGUACUCAGGUGGGGGCAGCGGUACCCGAGAUAAACAGGCCGGAGGGGGAGGCGGUUCGUAUUGCGCCGGUGAAAAUUGCCACGGUGUGACUGGCGGCAAUGUAAAUGAAGACGGCCUGGUGCAAAUUAUAGUUAUAUUCGACUAGAAUCAGUAAUCCGAUAUCUUCUAAGUUCCAUUUUAAUUGAUAUCAGCUUUGAGCUGUUUUGAGUGAUGCGAAUAGACUGUUCUACAAAAUAUAGCGUCGCCAAAGAGCCUUGCUGAGAUGACAUCACAAGAAUUUACACCGUAAAAAGACUUUCACUUGAAAUAGGACUUGGAACAGUUCAGAACUUUCAUUUUUAGGAGAAACAUGAGAGCGAGUGAAGAAUACCGUCUAUCAUGAUUUGAGUGCCACUCAACGGUCCGUAUCUCUUAAAAUCGUUUCAUUUCUGAACUUUGACAAGGACGCGUGGAAAGUAGCAAACAAAAAAAAUAGGAGUAGAUAAGUAUAUGCUUAAAUGAAAUAAAAAUAACUCAGCCAAUCCAUACUUUGUCUUAGGAUUUGAAAGGCUUAUGAUACACAAUGCCAAAACUAGGUUUCCCAUCGUCUAAAAUUAAUGUUUUUAUUUCACCUGAGCGAUUUCUGUUCACUCCGAGUAUACAAUAAAUGGUUUUUAAUUGA